CAUAAAAAGCAUGAUCUGAGCGAUCUUCCUUAAAUCUCUUUCAGAGGAUUGAAAUGCUCGGCAAAGGAACCCAAUUUGCAUAGAGGACAAUUUUAAAAUUGUAGUGCUUAACAUACAGCUGGCAUGGGUGAAGUAUUUGUAGCAGGGAUUGCUGCUAGGCUCCCACAGUCUGAGAACAUUGAUGUGUUCUGGGAGAAUCUGAUAAAAGGAAAUGAUAUGAUAGGACAAACAAGAUGGCCAAAAGAGCUGAAUGGGACACCACCACGAGUUGGACUGAUAAAGAAUUUGGACAAGUUUGAUGCAGAUUAUUUUAACUUUGAAGAAACUGAGGUUCAUCACAUGAAUCCAAUGCUGCGUCACUUGCUAGAGGUUUGUGCAGAGUGCAUAGUGGAUUCCAGCCUCUGUCCACCAGUGCUACAGAAUAACUCCACAGGACUGUACCUUGCCUGCUUUCUGCCAGACAAUGAUCCACUGGAGACUUCAAGAGGAGCCAACUCAAGACUUUGUACUACUGUUCCUACUCUGGCUGGUCACCUGAUGGAACACUUUGGUCUCAGUGGACCAAUGCUGACUGUGGACACAGGCUGUAGCUCCAGUCUGUCAGCAAUGGAAAUGGCCGUCAAUGAUCUGAGAGCCGGCAAAUGUCAGUUUGCUCUAGUGACAGCUGUCAACCUCUUAUUGAACCCGAGCUACCUCCAACAGAUGUCACAGCUAGGCAUGCUCAAUCCUACUGGUCAGAGCAAUGUUUUUGAUGCAAAGGCAGGAGGAUAUGUACGAGCUGAAGGAGUAGUAUCCAUUCUUCUGACAAGGAAUGAGAGCAUCUGUAAACGUGUGUACUUAAGCAUUGUUGAUAUCAUGACAAACUGUGAUGGCUUCAAAUCAGAAGGGAUCACCUUUCCAAAUAGUCAAUCACAAGCAGAUUUAAUGAGCAAAAUCUACAACAGAUGCAAAAUAGAUGUAAACAGCAUUUCUUAUGUGGAGGCUCACAGUACAGGCACUAAGGCAGGAGAUCCAGUGGAAGUAGCUGGUAUUUGUGAGGCCUUGUGCAAAAACAGACAGAAGCCAUUGUUGAUUGGAUCUGUCAAAGCCAGUAUGGGUCACAGUGAGGCUACAGCAGGAUUUGCAAGCUUUGUAAAGUGUGUCCUGAUAGCAAGACAUGGAACUAUUCCACCCCAAAUAAAUUUCCAGUCACCCAAUCCUAACAUUAAAGGCAUUUUAGAAGGGAAAGUCCAAGUGGUAGACAAAGCUACAGCUCUGGAAGAUGGCUACAUAAGUUUGAAUUCCUUUGGAUAUGGGGGUGCAAAUGGGCAUUUGGUCUUAAAGCCUUACAGGAAUCAUUGCAGCAAUCAAGCCACAAGUCACAAGUUGGUAACAAUCAAAGCCAGAAAUGAGCUUGAAAUGGAGACCAUCGUGGAAUUUGUUCGAAAGAAUAAAAAUGACGCAGCCUCCCUAGCUCUGUUGUCCCACUCCUUGCUGUCACAUGAUCCUAAACGAAAAGUUCGGGGUUAUGUAGUGACAGAGUCUGGACCAAAUGAUGAAGAUGUGCAUAAAGUCUCAAAUAACCUCUCUGUGAUUCCUUCAAUAUGGCUGAUUCUGAGAGAUGUUGCAUGGGGAAAACUGGACCUUUCUUCAUCGCUUAUGGACAUACCUGUUUUUAUGAAAUCUGUUCAACAUUCUCAGCAGAUAUUGUCCAAAAUUGACGAUACAUUGCCAUGGGAAGACUUCUACAGAGGAGAGUUAUGCACUGAAAAUGUUCACCAAGGAACUGUUUUCUCUAUUAUCAUCUUAAUAGGCAUUGUGGACAUAAUGAGAGAAACAAAACUUCAGAUUCAAGGAGUAGUUGGAUGUGGGCUGUCAGAAAUUGUAGCUGCCUAUCAAGAUGGCUGCCUUUCCAGGGAACAGUGUGUUGGACUGGCAUACUUGAUUGGGAAACUUCUCAAAGAAUUCUCUAAUCUUGGAAAGACACAGUCUGUGUACAGAGUGACUCUGGAUCCAGAUGAGAUCUACUGCCUGGGUCCCUUCACCCGGGUCUUAUCAGCGGUCUCUCAGGACACUUUUGUUAUAGCGGUGGAAACCUCCAACAAGGAAGAAGUACUGAGGACAAUUCAUAGUAAAGGGGGUUACUACACAGAGUUACCUGGCAGACUCGCUCUGUACAGUGAUUUGAUGACUGAGAUUGUUGAUGGUUUGGAAAGAGAAGCAAGGGAGAUACUACAUAGCCCCAAGUACAGGUCAAAGAACAUGAUAAGCCUCUCUCAGGACUAUGCCAUUGGUUGCCAGUCCAGUGUGAGCAGUUUGUUUGACUGGGAUUAUUUGAGGAGGGUCCUGACCACGCCUGCCACAGUCACUACAGUGCUGAAUACUCUACCAGUGGACACAACCCUAGUGGACCUCAGCCUGUCCAGAUUCACCCAGUCACGCAGACUGGAGAAACACUUCGUGUUUGAUCCGAUUCCAUGUGCAGGAGACCUCAAGUCUGUCUUGAAAACGUUUGGAGAGAUUCAUUUAUUGGGACAUGAUGUGUCAGUGGAAUGUCUGUACGAUGUGUCCUUCCCUGUGGAUGUCACUGCCCCGCCCAUCAGUCCGCUCGUUAGGUGGGAUCACACUCAGUCGUGGUUAAUUCCAGAGUGGCCAGAGUUCUACUGCAGGGUGAAGGAUGACGUGGAGGUUCCUUACAGUAUCAGUGAUAUAGAGACCGAUGGCAUCCACUCCACACAGGGCUUGCUCCUGUAUCAUGCUCUGAUCGCUAUAUCUGAAAAACAUAACAAGACCCAUGAACUGGUCAAUGGAAUGGAGCUGUAUGACAUGGUGUGGACUCUGAAUGAAUCCAGUCAGGAAAAUCUUCUCAACACUGACACAAUAUAUGUACAGACUGGCAAAAAAUCCUUUGUGAUUGAGAAGGAUGGUGAAACUCUGCUCCUCAGUGGAAAGUACAAGAUAUAUGAACCUGAAGAAAUGGUGACAUUACCCAAAAUACCCGGCUAUGACCUUGAUAUUAAUGAGAACCUGAAAGGCAGUAAUGAUGAUGAGGAUGACAGGCUCUUCUUGGAGAAGACAGAAAUCAUGUGGGAGGAUGGCUGGCUGGAUUUCCUGGAUACUUUGUUGGAGUUCUCCACCCAGGGGUUAGAGGGACCACUUCUGAGGAUCUGGAUCAGCCCCAGCUUACACAUGAAGGAAGUCAAGGACUGUGCCAACAUGCUCGCAGUAGUGGAGAGAUGUUCAGGACUUAGCAAGGCAGGUGGCGUGGUUUUCCACACUAAAGUGAGUCAACUGAAGAACAGAAACACACAGAGAGUGGCAAAUUUAGAAGGAGUAGAAAAUUCCCGAGUCAGCCUGUUGAUGGUGUACUCCAUAGACUCGGUGUCAGAGGAAAACCACAGAGUACUGAUAUACCAGGGGGAAAACGCAAAGGAACAAGUCAUUGGGAUUGUUUUGAUUACAGAGAGAGGAGUUGAAGGAAGAGAAUUCCCCCUAAGUAUGGGUUGGACACCAAAAGACCUGGAGCAGUUGAUUCCAUACAUGUUAGCAGUAUAUCUACUUCUGGAUGUUGCCAAAAUCAAAGAAAACAAUACACUCUUGAUACUGCCUCCUAUUGAUACCCUUUGUGUAUACUUGAUGGCAUUAGCCAAUGAGAUGGAGGUCACUAUAUUUACAUCCAGUUAUGAUGCUGAAGUCCGAGAUGUGAUUGACAAUUUGUUCCCUUAUGUAAGGGUGUUGUCGGGAGAAAGGCUGGAACAAAACAUCAAGACACUAACACAAGGAGAGGGGUGUGAUGUGGUCCUCCAGUUCACUAGUGCUGAUUUCCAGUCAGCCAUUGAUAUGACAGCAGACAAUGGGAAGGCGAUAUUCUGCACACUGCCCACUCCCCGUGAACAGAUCUCGCUGAGCAAGGAGUGCUCCCUGGUGGUCCCUGACCUCUCCCAGGCCGUCACCAGCUUCAUGAGGAAGAGCCUGGAGGACAUCCAGCUGUUUCUGUACAACAUGCAGAACGGCUGUAUAGCAGAGAUCUCCAAGGAAGGUUUUCCUGAAGUGCAGGGAUUGAAGUACAAUCUGGCUGAGCGGUCACAUUUUACACAUCCAGUGGAGCUGGCUCAGAUCCUCUCAGCUAUUGAAGACCCAAUAGUGAAUGCUAACAACCAAAGCAUAGCAGAAAUGAUGGAAGCAGAUGUCAUUGCGAUGCAGAGAUUACAAAGUGCAAUUUCCACAAAACCUAAAGAUUUUUCCCUUCUUGUCAAUGACUGCUCCGACAAAGAAAAUCAGUUUGACAGCUACAAUCCCUUGAACAUUGCCCAGACAGUUACUCCAGCCAAACUAAGCGGCAAGCCUUCAGAUGAAGUCAGACUUAUUUACCUGCCACAGAUUAACCUUCAGGACUACGAUGAUGUGUUCGAUACCACCACUGACAAACUAGGUAUUCCUAUGGUCACCCCAAUUAUUACAAUCACAGACGAGACUGAUGCAGUAUCAAAGGUCAUAACCUCUACUCCAAUGUUUGGAUUCACCGCCGAUCACACAGAUGAAUUCACUAAAAACUUACUCCCUAAAAAGACGACCCACCUUGCGAUUCCGAGGCUGACGAUUCCUUCGGCUAUCUCUAAUUAUAAGAAAGGGGCAAAGAUGAGCCUGAUUGUUUACUCCACACCGACCACCCCACACUUCAGUCCCGCUCUGAAGUCACUGCUGACACCAAGUAUUACAGAGCCAACCAUUGUCCCACUGAAUGAAUCCAGGAAGCGGCCAGCUUUGUUCUGUGUACACCCUAUCACUGGAAAGCUGAAACUGCUAAAAACCCUUGGAGGUUUGCUCCAGUACCAGUUCUGUGGUAUACAAAGAACCUCAAUGACUCCUAAUGAUUCAAUCCAGAGUGUAGCUAGUUAUUACAAAAAUGCAGUACAGAUGUACGACCAAGAGCAGCCUUACUAUUUGAUUGGGUAUUCCUUUGGAUCAUUGGUUGCGAUAGAGAUGGCAAUUCAGUUACAAGAACAAGGAUCAAAAGUUGGGUGCCUGAUUCUGUUAGAUGGAGGUCCAGCUUACUUUCAUAGUCAGUUUAAACAAGGAACACAGGCAGCAUCCCAAGAAGAUGAGAAAUUGGUCUACUUGGAGUGUGGAGCCCUAGUCAACUUUCUCCAGAUGUAUGCAUCCAUUCCAAACCACCAUCUGAUCAUGAAGAUUCUGCUUUCAUUGAAAACAAUACAAGAGCGCAUUGAUCUGGUCCUUGAUAUGACCUUUGGACGAGUUCUUGUCAGUCCAAACCCAGCUAAAUCCAAAUGGCUUGUCGCCAAGGAGAAAAUGAAAAUUAGGGGAUUUCUGACUCCCUGUAAGAGUUAUGGCUUUGGUGAUGCUGCAGAAGAAAUAAUUCGUUUAAAGAGACUAGAAGCUGCCAAAGAUUUCAUCAGUAGUGUACACAUGGCGUACAAAUACCAGCGCACAAGCCAGAAAUUUAGAGGGGACAUUCAUCUGUUGAGGGUGAAAUCUGAACUGCCUCACUCUGGGAAUGUACCACUGGACUAUGGGCUGAAGGACUGGUGCACUGGCAAUGUGAGUCUCCAGUUCUACAAUGGGACACACGAGUCCUUCCUACAGGAGGAGGAUGGAGAGGCUGUAGCAAAGGAUAUCACCCAAAUCAUACAAGACUUGUGUUGAUUCCAAUUAAACUGACAUGCAGAGGCAAGCAGUGAAAAAGACGUUUCAGUCUUCAUCUAUAAGAGUUUUGGAAUUCUUUGCAAUCUGUUUGAUUAUCAGUUUUGAUCUACAUGUAGAUAGUGCUUAAAUUAUAAAUAAACAAAUUAAUUUAAAUUGUGUUUUCAGUAUAAAAAUAUUUAUGUUUUUAUAUCAAUUAAUAAAUGUUUAUUAUUCAUAUAAGCUUUCAAAUUAUUGCAUGUUGUUAUUAACAGUAAUACGUACAAAAUUAGGAUACCCGUUGUUUAUUCAUUAGUUGUAUACUUUUUGCAUGUUGAGAUUCAUUCCAUGAAACUCAAAAAGAUUUACAGCUUUGCACAUUGUUUGGAGUUAAUAAAAAUGGAUUUACUUGAAAAAGGGUCAGCUGAUGUCCUCUACGCUAGUGACUUCUUAUGUAAAUACAUUGUAAUCAUUGCA